AUGAGACUGGUCAAAUGGGCCAGUGAGAGAAAGAGACGGGACUUUCUUGGUGCAUUUACAAUGGAUCGGAUUGCAAUGCAUAACAAGAGCGAUGAUUGCUGGAUGGUGAUGGAAGGGAUUGUGUAUGAUGUUACGGAGUUUAUUGCAGUGCAUCCCGGUGGAGCAAGAACAAUGAUGAAAUACGCAGGGAAGGACUGCACACAAGCAUUUAACAAAGCGCAUGCAUAUGUAAACAUAAGGGAACUACUUGAAAACGACAUUGUUGGAGUAUUGGUUACACACAAUAAUUGA